GAGGGAAGAAAGUUGCUUCUAAGUUCUAGUAAUCAUCCUUCGUAAAUGAGACGGAUUGUUAGCUUUAUGCUGCCCGAUUGCUGCGGUUAUAUUUCUCCAUCCAGUUCCCCUGAAUUCGAAGACAUUCCCCGUGCCUGAAUCCGAAAACAUGGCCCAGGACUAUGUGGACUAUCUUGCAGGAUCGGUGCUGAAUGACCGUCGACCGGUGACAUAUCGUUCGCUGAGCCGAGCACUUAAAGUCCAUGUCAACAUUGCCAAGCAAAUGCUAUACGAGUUCCACAGAGCUCAGAAUGGAAGACAGCCUGGAUCGGUCCAUGCCACAUAUCUAAUUUCCGGACUGAGACGUAUCGAUGAGCCAGCGAAAACCAAUGGCAGCCACCCUGAUGGGGAUGAUGUGAAGAUGGCGGACAGCUCCUUUGCGCACUCAGAGAUGAGUGAAGGACCUUCUCAGCAGCCGGAGACGUUGGUAAAGGCUGUCCAGGUUAUCCCGGAAGAGAAGCUCGAAGAGAUUCAGGGGCUCUUCUCAACUAUCAAAAGCCUGCAUUUAUACAGCCUGGAACCUAAUCCAGUGAAGGACCUUGAUACCCUUUCGGACUGCAACAGGAUAGCGAGGCAAAAUGGCGAAGCUGAGGAUCCUCUGACAAGCUGGAAGCAGUAUGGUGUCAUCCAAAACCCUCUGGCAAUUCGUCGAACGCGCCAGAAUGCCCUAUCAUCGACCCCUUCAGCUGAUAAUCGGGAGAGACCUUCAGCUACUCCAAGAUUGUCACAAGGCUCGGUGAAGGCGGGAGAAGGAUCUAAACUCUCUUCCAACAGCACCAAUUCCACCAGCACACCGAAGCCUCUGGCAACGAAAUCCAAGCCAGCUCCGAAGACGGGUUCGUUAGGCUCCCUUGGGCGCGGAACUUCGAGUCUGUCUAAGGCUUUCGCGAAAGCCAAACCUAAAACUGUACCCGAACCGGUCAAAAAAACAGAAGAUGAGCCUAUGAUGGAUGCGUCAGAAGAGGAAGACGAUGAAGCCGUUCUGUUCGACGACCAUGGCAAAUCGAACGAAGAUGCUAUGAAAGAGCGAGCUGCACGCCAGGAGGCCCUACUCACGAUGAUGGAGGAUGACGACGACAAUGUCGAGAUGCAGGACGCGAAACCGGAGGUUGACUCGCCUGCAUCCGCUGCACCGAUUGACUCGGCUGCCGAGUCCCAGCCAGAACAGCCAAGCACGGAAAGUCCUACGAUGGAAGGAGGAAAGAAACGUAGUAGAAGACGGGUGACUAAGAAAGUGACAUCCAAGGAUGAGGAAGGAUAUCUUGUGACCAAAGAGGAGCAAGUAUGGGAAUCCUUCUCGGAGGACGAACCAGAUCCUCCCAAGAAAACCAAGCAAGCGCCCGCUCCACCUUCAGCGAAAACAAAGAAGGGUGGCCCUAAAGCUGGACAGGGGAAUAUCACGUCAUUCUUCAAGAAACAGUAGCUGGAGGCUACUGUGCAUGCAAUGGCGAACACAAUUCAAGGCUUGUGAAUGCAGCACCAUCAAUCUCAUAGCGGGCAUACGCAUACGCUAUACCUGACGAUGGAGAGCUGUAGAAGAUAGCCAUAAUAAUGUAUACAAUCCUCGUACAUUUGUCC